AUGUCCGACAUAUUCAGAGACUCGACAUUCGGGAGUCUCCUGAACACACUCUCCAAUGGACGCCUAUUCCCAUACCCCGAACAGCGUCCUGAUUGGGUGCUUCCAGAGAGCCUGCGCAACUCGCCGGCUGGGCGAUCAUCAGACGAUACGCAUAUAGAAAAGCCUGUCACUGCCUCUGCGGCGCAUUCGACGAAAAGCUCAACAGACCUUGAGAAGAACCCCACAGAAGUUACAGAAAAGCCUGUGUCGGUAAAGCCGACCGUGGGCUGGUAUGGGGACGAUGACCCGGAUAAUCCGAUGAACUGGUCGUUGUUUAAACGAUGCUUUGUGGUCGCUAUGACUUGUCUUCUGACAACUAGCGUGUACACGGGAUCAGCUAUCUAUACCGCUUCAAUCCCAGGAAUCAUGGAUACAUUCGAUGUCUCGCAAACAGCCGCCACGGCUGGUCUCUCACUCUAUGUUAUCGCCUACGGUAUCGGCCCCAUGUUCUUCAGUCCCCUUUCCGAAAUCCCCUCCAUUGGCAGAAGGCCAAUCUACAUUAUUACUCUCAUUAUUUUCGUCGCUCUGCAAGUCCCGACUCUGUAUGCCAACAACAUUCAUACCCUUCUUGCCAUGCGUUUCUUUGCUGGCUUCUUCGGCUCUCCGGCGCUUGCUAGUGGUGGUGCUACAAUCCAGGAUAUGUUCCACUUCAUCAAGCUCCCCAACGCUAUGGUUCUCUGGAGUGUCACAGCUCUCUGUGGACCGCUUCUCGGUCCCAUCAUGGGUGGUUUCGCAGCCAUGGCCAACGGAUGGAAGUGGCCCAUCUAUGAGCUUUUGUGGCUUACGGGCUUCACUCUCAUCUUGUUGAUCUUCUGGUACCCCGAGACGAAUGCCGAGACUAUCCUCCUUCAACGCGCCCAACGCAUCCGCAAACGAACCGGCAUGCAGCACCUCACCAGCGACAGCGAGGACAAGCAGGCCCAUCUUGCUUUCUCGUCCAUCAUCUUCGAGUCUCUCCUCCGUCCGUUCCAGCUCAUGACUGAGCCCGUCAUUCUUUAUCUCAAUCUCUAUAUUGCUCUCGGCUAUGCUAUCUUCUACUUGUGGUUUGAGGCCUUCCCGCUCGUCUACAUCGAGAUCUACCAUUUCAAUCUCGGUACAUCCGCCCUGCCGUUCAUGGGACUCCUGAUCACCGCCUGCCUCACCGGAGCCUGCUACCUCAUCUACAACAAAUACGUCAUUGAGGCUACCUUCCUCCGCACUGGCGCAAUCAUCCCCGAGUCGCGUCUCACCAUCGCCCUCUUCGCCGCACCGUUCGGGCCUAUUGCCCUCUUCAUCUUUGGCUGGACUGCUCGUGAGGAUAUCCACUGGAUGGCACCUACAAUCGGAGCUGCUCUCUUCUUGCCUGGACUCUUCCUCGUUUUCCAAGGCGCUGUGGUGUAUCUACCCAUGUCAUACCCAAGAUACGCUGCUUCCAUCCUCGCUGGAAACGGUCUUUGCAGAGCUCUUCUCGGUGGAGCGUUCCCACUCUUCGGACGCUCUCUCUAUGAAUCUCUUGGCAUCGGAGGUGGCUGCUCUCUCCUCGCUGGUAUCACCAUUGCCUUCUGGCCAGGUCUCUGGUACCUCUGGAAGAACGGCGCCAAAAUCAGAGCUAAAUCGAAAUACGCCAAUUUCUAA